CGAUCACGUGUAUCAAACUCGACAUUGGAACAGCCCCAUCCGAUGUCGGCCUACGACUUCACUCCUGGUGGUUCGCUGAAGCUGAAGGGGGGUGAUGUUUCCAAGAAGUAGGUCGGCACGAGUGUCUCGCGCCAUCAUUAUCUGAAUGGUUCCUACUGCAUAGGAAGAAAAAAUCGAAAUCAAAGUCUGAACGUGAUAAUGUCAAGGAUAGUGUGAAGGCUGAAAUGCUGCGCAAGAACAGCCAGCUUCGCGGAUCAUUCAGUCCUAGUGGCUCUCCGGGGCCCUCUACGUCGAUCGACGCAAGCCAGCGGAGAUUUGAAGAGGCGCAACGCAACAGACGUGCCGAACGAGUAGCAAAACUAGCGACGAAGACCCACAAAGAUCGCGUGCAAGAGUUUAACGAGAAGCUCGACGCGCUGAGCGAGCAUCAUGAUAUUCCGAAGGUCGGUCCAGGGUAACAUGUACCUGUUGCACCAAUUCAAGAAUGUUUGUUUUGCUCACGGUCGAAUCGCUUCCCCUCAGCAUCCACACUCUAACCUAUUAUAUGACUUAAGAAUACCCC